AUGGAAAAAGUAUAGAAAACGCUUGAUAAGUAUAAUUCACUCAUUUUAAACUAAUCCAAUGAAAGUUUGGAGGAUAGAAGAUAAAAGAUUUACUCCAUUUUAAAGCAGUUGGAUAGGGAAAUAUAAUAGAUAGAAGAUGAAGACUAUGAUAUGUAUUGCUUCUACAAAUAUUUCAUUGCAAACUAAAGUAUAAAAUAUCUAAAUCUAAAUAAAAAUGAGAAAGAAACAUUUUCAGAACAAUUAUCAACAUAUAAAGAGUUUGUUAUAGAAAAAAUUAAGAAUACUGAAAUUGAAUUAAACCAACUCAGUUCUUAGUAACCUUCAAAUAACUAACUAAUUCAAUAGUGCCUAAAUAAGUUAAAGGAUGAGGUAGAACUAAUUAAGAAUGAAGAUAAAAGCUUAUAUGAUCACUAUUAAAAAUUGAUUUCUGAGAGAUUUAUUGAUAAAUCAGAAAAAAUAAGAAAAAUAAUUAAUACUAUAAAUUAGCUUGUUAAAAAUCAUUCAUUUGAAGAAGAAGAAUGCUUUUAAAGAUAGAUUCAACAAGCUUUAAAAUAGUUAGAAAAAAGUAUAAGAAUUUUGGAAGAAGAAAACUAUGAUCAGUAUGGAUAUUACUGUUUUCUGAUAGCAUAUUAUAAAAAAGAAUACUUAAAUUUAAAUCCCUAAGAUGCUGAAAAUUGCGAUAAUGUAAAAAAAACAUAUAUAGAUCAUAUAUUAAAUAAAAUUGAAGAAAUCUAUAAUGAAGUCUUUAACAUUACUUCACAAAAAUAUAUGGACUAAACAAAUUUAGUAGAAUAUCUAAAUAAUUUGUAGAAUGAAAUCUAAUUUAUUGAAAAAGAAGAUUAUCAAAAAUUUGGUUAUUAUAAAUAUAUAAUAGCUGAAAAUAAAUUAAGCUAUCUUAUUCUUGAUUUGAAGUAAUAAAAGAAAUGUGAAUAGGAAAAAAAAAACUUUAUGAAGUAUUACGAAUAAUAUUUAUAAUUAAAAUAUAAUCAAAAUUUAUAAAACGAUCAUUUAAAAGCUGUAAAUAUUGACCUCAAUAUAGUAAAUGAAAAGCAAAUCUAAAAUAAUCAGCUUAAUUAAUAAGGAAUAACAUUUAAAUAAUCAGCUUCUAUUAUCAAAAUUUUAGAAGAAAGUUUGAGUUAGCUUUAAAAAUAAGGACAAAAAUUAAAAAAAGAAAAAGGAAAUGAGAAUAUUAAUAUCAGUAAUAUUUCAUCACAGUAUUCCUAAUAUUGA